GUUCGAUUGUUGAUCGAAUUCAGAUGCUGAAACAAAUGAAAGUGAUGAGGUUGUUAAUAGUGUUGGGUCUUAUGAUGAUUCAAGAGGCAACUUCACAUGGAGAGCACCCUCUUUCCAGAAUUGCGAUUCAUGAAGCAACUUUUGCUCUUCAUGAUGACCUUGCUUAUAUCAAAACCUCUCCUACAGUUCUAGGAUUAAGGGGGGAAGACACUGAAUGGGUGACUUUGGAAUUUGGUUCUGAAGACCCAGCAACUGAGGAUUGGAUUGGAGUAUUUUCUCCUGCUAAUUUUAGUGCUUCUACCUGUCCUGAAGAAAAUCCAAGAGUUUAUCCUCCAUUUUUGUGUUCUGCACCUAUUAAGUUUCAGUAUGCAAAUUACUCCAGUCCCGAGUACAAGGACACCGGAAAAGGCUACUUGAAGCUUCAGCUGAUUAACCAGAGAUCAGACUUCUCUUUCGCGCUGUUUUCUGGUGGUUUGCUGAAUCCGAAGGUCAUAGCAGUGUCAAAUAUUGUCGCUUUUUCUAAUCCAAAUGCUCCAGUUUAUCCGCGAAUAGCACAAGGGAAAGAAUGGAAUGAAAUGACUGUAACAUGGACCAGUGGAUAUGGGAUUGAUGAGGCAGAGCCUUUUGUUGAAUGGGGUCCAAGAGGAGAACAUUUGCGUUCCCCAGCCGUGACACAAACUUUUGAUCGUCAUAGCAUGUGUGGUGCACCUGCAAGAACAGUGGGAUGGCGUGACCCUGGAUUCAUACACACAAGUUUUCUGAAGGAGUUGUGGCCAAAUAGAGUGUAUACAUACAAGAUGGGGCAUAAAUUGUCUAACGGUACAUACAUAUGGAGUCAAGAGUAUCAAUUUAAAGCAUCUCCUUAUCCUGGUCAAAAUUCUUUACAACGUGUAGUCAUUUUUGGUGACAUGGGAAAGGAUGAAGCUGAUGGUUCCAAUGAAUAUAACAAUUUCCAGAGAGGAGCUCUCAACACUACUAAGCAGCUUAUUCAGGACCUGAAAAACAUAGAUAUUGUCUUCCAUAUUGGAGAUAUAUCUUAUGCAAAUGGUUACCUUUCACAGUGGGACCAAUUUACUGCACAAGUUGAGCCAAUAGCAUCAACUGUUCCUUACAUGAUUGCAAGUGGCAACCAUGAACGCGACUGGCCAGGAUCCGGUUCUUUCUAUGGGAACAAUGAUUCAGGAGGAGAAUGUGGAGUGUUGGCUGAAAAUAUGUUCUAUGUUCCCACCAUGAACAAUGCUAAGUUCUGGUACUCCACCGACUAUGGCAUGUUUCACUUCUGCAUAGCGGACACAGAACACGAUUGGAGAGAGGGAACAGAGCAGUACAAGUUCAUUGAGCACUGUUUAGCAUCAGUCGAUAGGCAGAAGCAACCAUGGCUCAUUUUUCUUGCACAUCGAGUUCUUGGAUAUUCUUCUUGUAUCUCUUAUGCAGAAGAAGGAUCAUUUAGUGAACCAAUGGGGAGGGAGAGCCUUCAGAAGCUAUGGCAAAAGUACAAGGUUGACAUUGCCAUAUAUGGCCAUGUACAUAACUAUGAAAGAACAUGUCCCAUAUACCAGAAUAUAUGCACAAAUGAAGAGAAGCACUAUUAUAAGGGUAGCUUGAAUGGAACAAUACAUGUGGUUGCUGGUGGUGCAGGAGCAAGCCUAUCAACUUUUACAUCCCUUCAAACCAAAUGGAGUAUUUUCAAAGACCAUGACCAUGGAUUCGUCAAGCUCACAGCAUUUGAUCAUUCGAAUUUGUUGUUUGAGUACAAGAAGAGCAGGGAUGGACAGGUUUAUGACUCUUUCAGAAUCACCAGAGAUUACAGAGACAUCUUGGCCUGCACAGUGGAUAGUUGUCCAAGCACGACACUAGCAUCGUGAACUGGAUUUAGAAGUAAAUACUUGUAAUUAUGAAUACUGUAACAGUGAUUUUCCAAUGUACAUUGAAGGUUAUGUUCAGCAAUAAUACUACAAGAAUAAUAUCUGGAUUGUUGCAUAUUUCGAU